AUGGCGUCAACAUCACACUACACUGCACUCCCCGACGAGGCGGAGGGUGCAAAGCCGACCAUAUCCUCCUCGCCCUCCUCCUCGUCCUCGCCGUCAUCUGCCCAGCGAAACACAGGCUUAGUGCACUACUUUGCGCGCGCAGGCGUCGUCGGAUCCACAGCCUUUGUGGUCGGCUGUCUGCUCUUAUCCUUCCUCUUUCCGCACCAAACGCCGCCAGGAGUAUCGCCAGCGAAAGGCUUGACGCCGGAAAGCAGGCGGGACCGUACCAUGAAUGCCGCCACGUGCAAAGCCGAGUUCCCGCUCCUCUAUCCGCAGAUCCAGGAAAACGUAGCUGCAUGGCAAGCCAAGGGCGGCAUCAAGUACGGCGAUCUCGACGAGGCGGCGCGUACGUGCGUUGGCAACUGGGGGAUGGCGCGCGUCGUCAUCCGAGACGGCCAGCUCUUUCUCCGGCAAGUGAGGGAAGGUGGGGAAUCGCGCAUCUCUGCCCUCUUACACUUGCUCCACACCGCCGUCGUCACGGAUCCCUCUUCGUUUGCUGUCAACGACACGAGCAUCACGGGCGUGGAGCUGGUGCUGUCCGAAGCGGACAAGGACGCCUCGCCCACCAGCGAUGCCGUGUGGGUGCUCAGCAAGCGCGUCUCGGAAGACAAGUCCAAAGGGACCUGGCUGCUGCCGGACUUUGGAUUCGCCGGCUGGCCCGAGGCGGGCAUUGCCUCGUUUGACGAGUUUCUCCAUCUCGCCCAGCUGCAGGAUCACAUUGCUCCCUGGGCCCACAAGGCAGACCGCGUGCUCUGGCGUGGUCUCGCCAAUGGGUAUGCACCUCGCAUGGAUCUUCUCAGCCGGACGGACCCGCUCAAAGUCGCCGGCGCCGACAAAUGGGCCGAUGUCAAGCAGACCAGUUUCCACGACGUGGGGGCAGACUUCCACCCUAUCAUCCCUAUGCACGAGCACUGUCGACACAAGUUCCUCAUCCAGACCGAGGGCAACAGCUACUCGGGUCGCGGAAAGUUCCUUUGGUCGUGUCGCAGCGUCACUGUGGCGCAUCCCAUGGAGUGGACGCAGCACUUCCAUCCUGCGCUCAACGCGGACCCAAACAGUCGGGAGCAAAAUAUGGUCGAACUGCCCGGUCCGCUGUUCGCCGGACUCGAACAGACGACGUUGCAGCUUCAGAGCACAGCGCAUAUCCCUGCGACGCAAGACCUGGCCGCGAACGCCAGCGUAGAAGGAACACUGCGGUUGAACCCUCCGCAGAGGAUCGCUGACAAUGCCGUCGAGUCGUUGCGCCACAGAUAUCUCACGCCCGCUGCGACCAUGUGUUAUCUGCGAGCGGCGAUCAAGGCGUACGCGGGAGUGCUGAGGAAGGACACGUGGCCCAGAGAGGCGAAUGCCGCGGCGUGGGAUCAGGGUGGCGUCGGCAUUUUGCCGCACGAUGGGCCCGGUGGUGGAGUCGCACCGGGCGGUGGUAAGGGGAAGGAUCUGGCCAAAGUCGGGGCGAAGGGCGAUAUCGAGUACGGCGUGUGGCGGCUGAGCGGUGGUCCUGACUGGCCGCCUGUCGCUCAACCGCCACCGCCCUGA